AUGGCUGCAGAGCCUAUCUCCAAUGGCGCCGGUGCCAACAACAAGAAGGUCGCUUAUUUCUACGACUCUGAUGUUGGCAACUAUGCCUACGUUUCCGGUCACCCUAUGAAACCCCACCGCAUACGUAUGACCCACAGCUUGGUUAUGAACUAUGGUCUCUACAAGAAGAUGGAGAUUUAUCGUGCAAAGCCUGCCUCCAAAUAUGAAAUGACUCAAUUCCAUACAGAUGAGUACAUUGAUUUUCUGUCUAAAGUCACUCCCGACAAUAUGGACCAAUUCUCUAAAGAGCAAAGCCGAUACAAUGUGGGGGAUGAUUGCCCGGUUUUCGAUGGUCUGUUCGAGUUUUGUGGAAUCAGUGCUGGUGGCAGUAUGGAAGGAGCUGCGCGCCUGAAUAGAAACAAGUGUGAUGUUGCUGUCAAUUGGGCCGGUGGUCUGCAUCACGCAAAGAAAUCCGAGGCCAGUGGCUUCUGCUACGUGAAUGAUAUCGUGCUCGGAAUUUUGGAGCUGCUUCGAUUUAAGCAACGUGUGCUUUAUGUUGACAUCGAUGUUCAUCAUGGUGAUGGUGUCGAAGAGGCAUUCUACACCACAGAUCGUGUUAUGACUGUGUCUUUCCACAAGUACGGCGAGUACUUCCCAGGCACUGGUGAGCUUCGCGAUAUCGGCGUUGGCGCUGGUAAAAACUAUGCUGUCAACUUUCCCCUUCGCGACGGUAUCAAUGACGACUCAUACCAGAGCAUCUUCGAGCCUGUUAUUAGAAGUGUCAUGGAGUGGUAUCGCCCAGAAGCUGUGGUCCUGCAAUGUGGUGGUGAUAGUCUUUCUGGCGAUCGAUUGGGUUGUUUCAACCUGAGUAUGCGUGGUCAUGCCAACUGUGUCAAAUUCGUUAAAAGUUUCAACCUACCCACCUUGAUCUUGGGCGGUGGUGGCUACACUAUGCGCAAUGUUGCGCGUACCUGGGCUUAUGAGACUGGUAUCCUUGUGGGAAAUGACCUUGGAUCUGAGCUGCCAUAUAACGACUACUAUGAGUACUUCGCCCCCGAUUAUGAGUUGGAUGUUCGUCCUUCCAAUAUGGACAAUGCGAAUACCAAAGAUUAUCUUGACAAGAUUCGCAGCCAGGUUGUCGAGAACCUUAAGCGUACAGCCUUUGCGCCCUCUGUUCAGAUGACUGACGUUCCACGCCACCCUCUCGGUGCAGGCAUGGACGACGAGGCUGACGACAUACUUGAUGACGAAGACGAAGAUGACAACAAAGAUAAGCGAUUCACCCAGCGACGCUUCGACCAGUAUGUAGAGAAACCCGGAGAGCUCAGUGAGAGUGAAGACGAAGAGGAAAACGCAGCCAAUGGCAUUCGUCGCCAGCCCAAUGCCAUUCGCCGUCGUAAUCAAACCAAUUACCGCAACCUCGACCCCGCCGAUUCUGGUCUCGAUAGCGGUAUGGCUACCCCGCAAGAGGCGUCUUCGGUUGGUGAUGUCGAUAUGGAUACCGGCAUAGAUAUCAAAAUGGGGGAUGCUCCGCGCACAGAGCCCGAUGUACCGGCAGUACCUAGCAUUGCGAACGGCCAUGAAACACCUGCCACUGAUGCAGAGCAAAUUGCUGCUGAGGACGAUAACAGUGGCCCAUCAGCAACUUCCCUUCCCGACGAAGAUACAGCUAUGGAAGACGCUGGCGCCUCCGCAGUGGAAACUUCCAGGCCUGUGGUUGAGACGCAAGAAGACGUGAAGCCACAGCUGCCGCAAACUACAGAGGACGCUUCCAAGGUGCCGUUGUCUCCCCCGGAAAUUUUAAAGGAUCCUUCUGUGCCUGCCACAGAGCAGGUACCUGAGGCUGAGCCCACGCCUAUUGGGGUAUCGGAAUUUGCAGCCAAGACCACAGCAGGACCUGUAGAGGAGACCAAACAGGAAGAGUAA